CAAAGGGGGCGUCAUCGCCUGGAUUUCGACAUGGCAGCGGAGGGAAGCGGGAGGAACCGGCCGAUGGCCCCAGUUGCGAUUCCCGGGGAAUCGAGCCUUUCUGACAGCAUCUCAUGCAUUCUUCGAAUUGGGAAAGCCUUGUUGUGGGGAUUCAUCAAGACUCUCUGGCAGCGAUAUGCGGCUUGCUCUCCUCACCCAGCCUCCUUGGAGCAGGUUGGCAGAGACAGCAUCCCAGGGGAGCAAGCAAAUGGGGGAGAUGAGUCAGAUACUGCCCAGGUGUAUUCAUUGAAAGAGCACAUGUUCCGCAUAUUACAGGAACUCAGGAAUAAUGCAGAUAUCACCAGAAUGGCAGAAAGCGUCACCAGUGAAAAUCCACUCCACGGUCUGGCCAAAGUAUCAGAGGAGAUGUUUGCUACUGGGGUCAACUGGGGACGGAUUGUUGUCUUCUUCUACUUUACAUACGAAGUUUGCAGACAGUGUGCCUCCAGUUUCUUUAGGGAUGUGAUGGACUGGGCCAUGAACUUUUUAAGGGAUCGGCUGGCUCUCUGGAUCGAACAGCAGGGAGGCUGGAAUGCUAUACUAAACUUUUUCCCAUCAUCAGAAUAGAAAUGUGGAGAGAUUGGUAUUUCUAAUUCCUGCUGUGUGGAAGGCUAAGAAAAUUAUUGAUUCCUCUUGGGAAACCAUGGAUGGAUUUCAUCCUGAUCAGAAAUAACAAUAAAAUACAACUGUUGCUUGUUUACAUGUCUUGUGACUCACUACAAGGCAGACUUCAGUUGAAGACAGGAGACUUCAAAAACUGUCACGUCAGAAAACUUGCUGGAAUAUCUGUGGCCUGUAAGUAUAGGUAGUCC